GUGAUUUCAAUCACAAUUUGCAAAACAUUCUCUAAUCAAAAAACUUAAGACUACCAAAAUUUGCAACUAAUCAGGAGAUCACUAUUAUCUCACCCAUUGGUGGUCCUGGACAAAUUUGCAGUCUUAGUUACCAACUCGAGACACUUUAACCCAUGAGUUACGAUGUAUGUAUCGGAUGAGCAUCGUUUUUAUCGAAGGGCGCGAAGAAAGUUUUCAUUUAAAACCUAUGGCCUGUUGUUUCUGUGGCUCAUUUUGGCCCUGAUCCAGUGGAUGGUAAUCGCUCUAAUAGAAGAUGCAAGGACAACUUUCCGGAGCUUGUACUACAUCUGUUUUGUGACCUUUACGCUGGCCGUAGUUAUAUUCGCCAUCUUCAUAUUUGUGGAGAAGGUGCGUUUUAUGAAAGGUCUGAACUUUGUCAUGGCUUUGGUUAUCGUGGAACUUCAGAUCAUAUCCACAUUUGCUCUAGUCGCCAUUAGUUGGUGGGCAGAUGUUCUUACCUUUUUUGCAGUGGCCGUAAUAUUAGUAGCAAUAUUCCUCAUAAUAGGAAUAUUUCUACCAGCAAAAAUGGAUCUCACCCUAGAUAUUGCGGUUCUAUUUAUAAUCGCAUUCAUUUUUCUGAUUGUCGCCAGCUUUGUGCUACUAUUCGAACUGCUUGUCUGGAGAGCAGCUCCGUACGCCUAUUUAGUGGUAGAACUAUCUGUAACCCUAACGAUUCUUGUGUUCAUAAUGUACCAUGCCCAAACAAUCAAUGGAAACCGAUUUGCGGAAAUGCGUCUGAAUGACUUUUACCUGGGAUCUCUGAUAUUGUUCCACGACUUUCUCAUCAUUUUCUGGCUGACAUUCUACUGGCAGGUCUUUUACAGACUAAUUACGCCUGAUUCCUGGAUAGUAACAUCCACCCCGAAUAAGUAUAACCAUACUCCUUAUUAUUUCGACGGCCUAUAUAAUAGGCAUCCGCAUACGCAAUAUGAUUCUACAACUGAACCAUCCUGGACGGAUCCUGAACCCACUUUGUCAUACGGUCCGCCACCAUAUAGAAGCCCCACUGAAAGAUACCCUUUCGAUAGACGAAGGCCUGGUAAUAGAGAUUUUGCUAUAGACUGGUCAUUUUACAACCAAAGACCAAAAAUCGGAUUUCGGACCAGAGGAAGGUCCCGAACUAUAGGUCCAGAACCAAACGAUCACGUGGAUCGUAAACAUGAUGAGUGGGACCCUGAAUAUAUUACACAAGGUGCAGAUAGAGAUGUACCAUUUGAUGAUCCCUUUGACGAAAAUUCAAGACAUCGCCCUGGAGAGUCAGAAGGUAGAGAACAUUUACCACCCAAUGAGGAUAUUGGACCGAGGACGGAGGAAGCUGAUGAGGAUGUGGCCUUUGAUGCUCGCUUUGACGACAGUUCAAUAUAUAGCCCUGGAGAGUCUUCUGAAAAGCAACAUCCAACACUUAAAGAUGAUGUUGAACCAAGGAUAAAGGACGGUGAUGCUGAGGGAAAAUCGGCAGCUGGCCACGGUAAUCCAACUUUCGACUUUCCCUUGGCAGACUACCAACCAAAUGAUAUUCCUUCAAUGGAUACUACAAAGGAAGUUUAUCAGUCUAAGGGCUCUCCAAACAUAUAUAUAGUUCCCAAGGCACCACCAAUCGGGAAACAUGAAUAUCUGUCAGGUGAUGAGAACCCUUAUUUACUGAGUAAUGAUCCUCUAAGCAAUAUUCAAGAACGAGAAAAUCUCAAAAUUUUUACUCGUCCUGCAAUAGUAUUCAAUCUAGACUCUCCACUAAAUGAGUUUACAGAAAGUGUAUUUAAGGAUGACAAUUUUAACUUUCAAGGCGAAGAAAUGAAGGGACAAGGAUUUUCAUCAAGAAGGCCAUAUUUUAAUUCAGAAAACGCACCUCCUUGGGAAGAACUGAGCAAAGAUGAAAUAAUAAAAUUAUCAAGGAAGCAGGUUCCGUAUCAAACAAAUCAGGAUCGUUGGGUAGAACCAAUAAUUACAAAACAGCCUUAUCCAAUAAACCUUCCAGACUACGAGAAAUUUGUAAUGAAUAGCAGUGCGAGCAAGCUUUUAAAGCAGUAGACAAUAUAUGAAUUAUUUUCCCCUAUAAAUUUAAUCCGAUUUGCCGAUUGUCAUCAGGGUCAUUAGGCAUUUAAUUGCACUCAUUUAGGAGGGCAACACAUCUUAUUCAACCGCAUGUGCGACAGGUGACAAACAAAUUAAUGUCUCCGAGAUUUAUGGUCCGCCCACAAAAUGGGGCAAACAAGUGUCGACCGAAAAGUCAAGCCAAAACAACCUGUUCAAUGAACUCUGCCGAAGGAAAAAAUCAGAAAAACCGUUUAACAAAUUACGGCCAAAACACGUGCAGUCACCAUAAAAACGUACCGUACCAGAAACUCAGAUACUCCCACCGUACAGUAGUAACUCAUCGCACACAACACAUUUACUCGCAUGUAUGAAUGCCGACCGCAUAUCGCUUAUCUGUUGGGCAGGCACUCCGCCUACCUUUGUCUGAUGGAGCUCCUAUAUGCUCUCUAACCCUGCUGGGGUCAGGUCAACUUUUGGGAAUCGUUUGGUCAUGCAGGGUACAGCCAGUUCUAUAAG